AUGUGUGGUAGUGUAUGUCAUCCCCCUCCGCCGAGACCGCUCUCGGAUUGUGUCUGCGCAGCGUCAUGCUUCGUCGCCUGCCUUUGCUCCCUUCUCCCGCCAGAACUACACUCCACACAGUAUCCCUCCAAAGAAACAACACAAUGGCACAGCGACGGAUCAGUAGGCUCCUCAUUGGCUCCGGCACGCCAUUGCAACGCGCGCUCACAGCUGGAUAGCAAACCCCGCCCUCUUGUGCGAAACCAUCCACCACCCAAGCCUGAACACGUUUGCUCACGCUUUGCCAGUAUCUGUGACCUGCAGGAGAAGUUCCGCCCCGCCAUCCAUGAAUUUCCCAGGGUCAUUGCAACCACGCAGAAGAUGCUCAAAGCGAGCCAAAUCCUAAACAUCCCAGUCUUCGCCACCACCCAGAACAAGGCCCGUCUAGGUGAAACAUGCCCAGAGCUGGGGCUGGAUGUUCCCGGAGGUGUUCAAACGGUGGUCCACGCAGAUAAGACGCUCUUUUCCAUGCUCACUCCAGAAGUCCGCCAGGGCAUCGCCCGACUCAACUCUCAACUCUCGUGCGUGAUCGUCGGCAUUGAAUCCCAUAUCUGUGUAACCCAGACGGCAUUGGAUCUAUUACAUGACGGACAUAAGGUCUACAUUCUGGCCGACGGCGUGAGUAGCUGCAAUAAAGAAGAGAUACCCAUUGCCCUGGAACGGCUACGGCAGGAGGGUGCUGUGGUGACAACCAGCGAGAGCUGGAUGUACGAAUGUGUAGGUGACGCUGGAAUUAAUGAAUUCCGUCAAAUCAUUGGUGUCGUCAAAGAGUCGCAUCAGAGCACAAAGGAAGUUCUGCAGACACUAUGCAAGAUUUGA